AUGUCUUCUCUAUCGAUGCAACCCUUCCGAUUCCUGGAUCUGCCAGGUGAACUCCGCAACAACAUCUACGAUCUGUUGUUGUGCUCAUGGACCGACGAGCCCGAGUACGAGUCUAGGUUUGUUGGUGGACUGCGCAAACGAUUGCCCAGCUACGAUGCCAUGGCUCUUCUCCGCACAAACAAGCAGAUCCACGAAGAGGCAUUCGACUACAUGAUGAAGCGCAAUCAGUUCGUGCGCGUUACCUGCCGAGGACUCGAUGCCAACAGCUUGUUUCUGGGCGAUGAGAUGAUUCCAGCUAUCACGACCGAUCAAACCAAAGCCAGGCAGUUCGAAGGCUACCUCAUGCACUUCACCCUCUCAAAGCCCGCACUCUCAUCUGGCGCAAUCAACUUUUCCGAGAACGAGAUCAUGAUGCUGCGCGCUGAUCUGCCCUCCCUAUGUCGACAACUGGACAUCGAGAGCGCCAUGACAGACGCCAACGCAACAGCCAACGAGCACCUCUCCAUCCGCGCAACCGUGUCCUUCAACCCCUUCCACUCGCAGAUGUUCACACCCGCCAUCCAACAACACCUCCUCGAACCCAUCGCCGCACAUCUCCGCGGCAUCUCCAAUUUCAGCAUCAGCGGACCCGUUUCAUCACAGAUCGCGCAGACUGUUAUCUCCCAAGUCGCGCAACCGCGCUGGACAGACCCCAAAGCCACCCUCGACUCCAUCCACACCGGCACCGACGUCGGCAAGCGCCAAUGGCAGAACCGCGAUUUCUACUCCGCAUCUGAGUCCUGGGCGUACUCGAUGCGCACGCUCGAGCGCAUGCGCCACAGCUCCUCGUGGCUCAGCCUCAAAGCGUCUGGUGGGGAAGACUUUGUUAAUGCAACUGCGGAUCUAUAUUUCACUCUCAACCUGUUGCGCGCCGCAUUCUUGCAGGUUGACAUGGCCGCUGAGCACACGAGGAGGGAGAUGGUGGAGAGGAAUGGUGCGAUGUCUUUGCAGCAUCUGAGAAGGUGCGAGACGGCGAGUGCGCGGUUCGCGCAGCAUGCUGAUGCAAGCUGGGUCCCGAGUAAUGAGCAGGCGAGUAAGAUGCUGUUUAGGCAGGCGAAGUGUUUGAGGUUGAUGCGUGCAUCCUCAAAUGUCGUUAAAGCUGCCACGCUUGUCGAGCAGGCUGCUGCUUUGGCACCGAAUGACAUGGUUAUCAGGGAUGAGAAAGACGCUGUCCAGAAUUGGGAGGCGGAGGUUGAGGAGCUGCAGCGGGACGUAGUGAAGGUAACGGGCUGA